GUCACGAACAAAACCUCGGAGGAACUUUGACUUUUGACAGAUAAUGAAAAGUGCAUGUAUUUGUGAUAGUGAUGUUCAUUAUUAUAGUGUUUAAAAUUCUGAAUGAUCUGUACUUUAUUUGUUAACUUUUAAAGACCUUUUAAAAGUAUAAACAGGCAAUAUGUCUACCUCUUACAGUCAUUUGUUGGGCACUUUUCCAGGGGCACAAUUAAGCCAACGUUGCUCCCACAGUAACGACAGAUAAUGAAAGAACAUCCAUGCCUUGCACGGGUUUCGAAUCCAGAACCUUUCUGAUGCAAGGCCAUUUCCCUGACCCCUUCACAGGCCGAUAUGUCUUCUAAAAGUGUUUGGGACAUGGAAGAUGAAGAACCUCGGAGAAAUCAUGUUAUAGAAACAACUUCAAUUUCAUCCCAGCCUAUCAAACUGCAUAAUAACGUUAUGAAAGGAUUUAAAUCUUGUGGACUAUCGAAACCAAAAAAAGUGCAGUUGCAAGUCUUGCCCCAUUUCACAAAUCUCACUUUCCAUGAUCUUGUGAUUAACGCACCACCCCGAACAGGCAAAACCAGCAGCGCAGUUAUUGGCAUUCUGGAUAAUUUCUCAAGAGCUACGUCUAAAUAUUCAUUAGCCAUCAUCGUCUGUCCUACAUACGAAAUCGCUGAAAUUUCCUAUUCAUGUCUUCAGAUUUUAGGAAAGUAUUGCGACGUAUCCUUGAAUUUCACGACCAAAGACAAGCGACCGAACAAAAACGAGAAACCUCCCAAAGAAAUCGUAAUCGGUACUCCCGAUAAAAUUUUAGAGCUUUCGCGUGCAUCUCUUCUAGAACUGAAAAAAGCUUCAUUUUUAUUUAUUGACGAAGCUGAUUGCUUGGGUAAUCCCAAAAAAUUCUUCUGUGACAUUUCUCUGAUAUUUCAACGCCUAUCGCCAAAGUGUCGUUCCAUCAUUUGUUCCACGGCUAAGACCAAAGCCAUUGAGGAAUUUAUGGCGAAGCAUAUGAUUUCUCCCAUUGAGAUAUCUGUAACCGAUACUAUUUAUAGACCAUUUCCAACAAAGCAACUUUACAUCGUUUGUGCUGAUGAGAAGGAAAAAAUAGAGUCUUUGGCUUUUCUUAUUAAUAUUCAGACUUUUCGCGGAAAGGUUGUUGUUUUCACUGAAACUAAGCUAGUCGCUAGUGAAUUAGGCUCAUUUUUGCACAAAAAUAACAUAUUUAGUGUUUUAUUGAUUGGUGAUCUUUCAAUAACUCAAAGAAGAAAAGUAUUGGAAGAUUUCAAAACAGGCGUUAUUCAGGUUCUUAUUACAACUAGGUCAUUUGUGAGUAUUAUUCCUGCUGGAUGCGCGACCAAACUCAUCCAUUAUAACCAGAUAUUGGAUGAAAAGGACAGACUGGAUAUUAAUGUUUACAAUAGACGUGAUUAUCUAUUGUCUACCAAAGAGAAAGGCCUCGAGAUUUAUUACAUCGAGAAAAGAUGGGAAGAAUAUCUAUUUAAAGAUAAAGAUGUAACUAAUGGAAGAAGUUUUUUCAAUAAUAUUGAAAUAAUUAAUGAUCUCACACUGAAGGAAUAUUUUAAUUAAAUGUAAAAAUAAAAUAUAAAUAUACAAUCUUA